AUGCUUCGCGUCGCUGGUCUGGUGGCUCUGUCCCUUGUGGCCCUGACGGAUGCAGCUCCAGUAGAGCAUGCCUCCGUCGACCAUUUGGCUAGACGCACCGUCCAAAACCGUGGUGUGGAUCUCAAGGUCAAUACCUGGAAGCCGACUGCUCUUGCUGCCUCUAGUACCCUCUCCAAGUCCUCGAGUUCCAUGAGCUUGAAGAAGCUCAAGACAAACCGUGCCAAUCCCCGCAGUGCAGCCUACCUGAAGGGGUUGACGGGUAAAAAGACCACAACCUCCGGAAGUAGCGAGCUCAUUUCUCUAUUCGAGGGAGAAGAAUUUGCGACUGCCAUCACUAUAGGUACCCAGGACUUUGACGUGAUUGUUGACACCGGAUCUAGCGAUACCUGGGUCGUCGAGAAGGGCUUUGAGUGCAUUGACCUUGAUACUGGAGAGAAGACAACGACGGCAACUUGCGACUUUGGAACCACAUACACUGUCGACAGCACCCUCAAGAAGAUCUCCGGUGAGGAGUUUGAAAUUGAGUAUGGUGAUGGUGAAUACCUGUAUGGUUUCAUGGCCACCGAGACGGUCACCCUGGCCGACAUCACUGUUGACCAGGAGAUUGCUGUUGUCACCGAAGCUGCCUGGGAGGGAGAUGGCACUACCUCGGGCUUGACUGGUCUCGCCUACCCUGCGCUGACGAGUGCUUAUUCCACGAAGACGGAUGAGCAGGAAGAAUACAACCCCAUCUUUACUACGAUGUACGAGGAUGGUUUGAUUGAUUCCUACUUCAGUCUGGCUAUCCUGCGUGAUGUCUCCGGUGAUGCGGGCUAUCUGACCCUUGGUGGUCUGCCUCCAAUCACAUUCAACGAGACUUGGACCACAACCGAUAUCCUGAUCACUUCAAUCACUGGCUACACAAAGGCUUACGACUUCUACACCAUCAACAUUGACUCUGUGGCAAUCAAUGGCAAGACCGUUUCCGGCUCGGGAGGUUCUACUUAUCAAUACAUUGUUGACUCCGGCACCACCCUGAACUACUAUCCCACCUCCGUUGCUGAUGCCGUGAACGCCGCAUUUUCUCCCGCUGCCACCUAUAGCGAUGACGAGGGUGCUUAUGUCGUUGACUGUGAUGCCACACCCCCCACUCAUACCAUUACCAUUGCCGGUACAGCCUUCACCAUCAACCCACUUGAUAUGAUCCUAUAUGCCGGCACGGAUGACGAUGGAAACGACGUUUGCAUCACCGGUAUUAUGGAUGGUGGUGAUGAUGCGUCUGAGGAUGUUUACAUUCUUGGUGACACUUUCCAGAAAAACGUUGUCACCGUUUUCGACGUUGGCGCAGUGGAGUUGAAGUUUGCGCCUCAUGUGGAUUACACCUCCAACGACACAUACUAG